AUGCUUUUUGGAUUGGUGACAAGUUAAUACAACUAUUUUUUUGAUCCCUUAACAAAUACUCAUCAUUAAGAUUUAAACUUUGAUCAAACAUAAUUCAAUUAUGCAAAAAUAAGUUAACUAUAUUUUAUAUUUCUAAGUUGUCGCUUAUCCUUUCUUAGAAGAUCAAACUAGAUAAAAAAUAAUACCUUAAAUUUAGAUAUAAUUCUUUAAUUUAUGUGAUAUUCUACAAGCUAGAAAUAAAAAGCUAUUUUCAAUUGGUGAUGAUAAGCAAUAAUAAAAAGUUCAAUUAGAAAUAGAUUUAGACAAUCAAAUUAUCAAAACUUAUUUUAAGAUAAAUGAAGGUGUUGAAAUAAUAUCAAAUAAGGAAUUUGAAAGAACAUUUAGUCCAACCUCAAUUAUUGAGGAUAAUUAUUAUCUAUUUCUAAAGAAGUAUAAAUUACAAUAUAAUUAUAGAAAUGUGAACCAUUUACCAUAAUUUAAAGAUGCUUUAAAUUUAAACAAUAUUUAGGCUUUUACAAAAGAUCAUCAAGAAGAUUUAUAUACAAACAUAAGUAAUAAUUUAAUUUGCGAUCUUGUCAUCUCUAAUUUAGCAACCAGCGUCAUUAUUAUAAGCAAAAAUCUUAGAAAAUUUUCAGCAUAAAAUUUUGUGCAAGAUAGAGGAUAUUUUAAGUAACUAUUCUGUGAUAUUUCUCUUAAAAUAAUCAGUGAUUAAAAUCCUUUAUUUGAUUAUAUUUGA